AUGCAGGAGAAACCUUCUUCCCUGCUCCAUGUCAUCCCCACCACCUUCAUUCUCCUUGGCAUCCCGGGGCUGGAGGCGGCCCACGUCUGGAUCUCCAUCCCCUUCUCUGUCAUCUAUGCCAUGGCCAUCUUGGGGAACUUCACCAUCCUGUUCAUCGUGAAGACGGAACCGAGCCUCCAUGAGCCCAUGUACUAUUUCCUGUGCAUGCUGGCCAUCACCGACCUCUUUCUGACCACGUCCACUCUGCCCAAAAUGCUGGCAAUCUUCUGGUUCAAUUCCAGGGAGAUCGGUUUCAGUCUCUGCCUCACCCAGCUGUAUUUCAUUCAGUGCUUCUCAGUGAUCGAGUCUGGGAUUUUCGUGGCCAUGGCGUUGGAUCGCUACGUGGCCAUCUGCCAUCCCCUGCGACAUUCCACCAUCCUGACAAACCCUGUGGUGGCCAAGAUUAGCCUGGCUGUGGUGCUGCGCAGUAGUGUAGUUGUGUUGCCCUACCCCUUGCUGGUGAGGCAAUGGUCAUAUUGCAGAACCAACAUCAUCUCUCAUUCCUUUUGUGCACACAUGGCUGUGGUGAAGCUGGCCUGUGGCGACACCCGCGUCAGUAGUUCCUAUGGGCUCUUUAUGCUGUUCUGUGUGUUGGGUCUGGAUGCGAUAUUUAUUGCCGUUUCCUAUAUGCAGAUCCUCAGGGCCAUCUUCAGACUCCCUACAAAGGAGGCCCGAUUCAAGACUUUUUUAACUUGUGGCUCACACGUCUGCGCCAUCGUAAUCUUUUACAUCCCAACACUUUUCUCCUCCCUCAUGUAUCGUUUUGGACAGAACUUUCCCCUGCAUGUCCAUGUUCUCAUUGGCAAUAUGUACCUCGUGCUGCCCCCUAUGCUGAACCCCAUCAUCUAUGGGGUGAAGAGCAAACAAAUACGGAACCAGCUGCUCUGGCUCAUUACUCGGAAACAGUUUAAAGUUUUCUCCUAG